GUGCACUGCAGCAGGAGGGGCUACGAUGCGUGGGUGCAGCCGACGGGCUCAUGUCGGUUGCGGCCCGCGUGCCAGCUGGUGUCUGCUCGCGGUUCCAGACAGUCUGCCACGGUCUGAGCCAGUGCCCUCUGCGGCAUCGCCAGCGCGUAGCGGGCAGGCCGUGCUGGUUCGCGGCGUGCGUGCCGGUGUCUUGCCUUGGAGACGACGCUGGGCUUCAAUCGCUGGCUUGGCGCUUGCUCCUGCUCAGGCACGCCGUCUCCCUCUCUGGCCGCUGGCACGCUCCGCGGGUGGGCGCUGGGGAGUGGCACAUUUUGCGCCUCUUCCACCCAGGGCAGACCCUGUGGGAGCCAGAAGCGCUGCUGGACAACAGGUGUUUGGACGGUGCUGGCGAAGAUGGAGCGUUCGACGUCGUGACCGUGACCGACCUUCCCGCUCGGGCGCACGCGCUGCUGGGCUCGGCGCCGUGGCACCGUCCUGUACGGAUGCUACGCCCGCCAGACGAGUCUUGGCGUUUCCGUUUUUUCGAUGCGGAGCGCCAUAUUCUUUCCUACGUGGCGCACCUUCGGCGCCGUGGAAUGGGCGACCGCUUAGUCCUGUACCUCGACGCCUUUGAUACGGCCUGGCUCGGUUGCGACACGAAUCUUACACAAGCGUUUGAGGCAAUGGGUAAACCUAUUUUUUUCGCCGCCGAGUUUGACCUCUACCCUGCGGGUCUCGCAGGAUACCCCAAGCCCGUGGCCGACCACGAGGAGAUUGCAAAGGCGCAGAAGCUGCCGCGAUGUCGGCCCCCGUCAACGUUCCCUGUGCGGUGGGAGGCGUCCCCCGUGGACCAGCACGAGCCCUGCCUGGCCAAGUCGGAUGACGGCGGCAUACGCGGCAGUCAGCAGGAGCGCGGAUUCACGGAUGACGGAGCACUGGCCGUCUAUGUGAACGGCGGUGUCUACGGGGGCCGCGCCGCGGCGCUGGAGGUCGCCAUCCGGCGACUGCUCUCCGUUCAGCGGCUGCUGCCGCUGCAGCGCCAGCAACCGCUGCACGGACAGCGGGUCACCCUGGACUAUGGCGGCAGCGUCGCGGUGAACCUGGCGCAGCGGUCCGUGGCGCCGCGUAGCUUUGCGCUUCACCAGCGCACGGGCCAGGUGCACUCCGUGCUCUUCCAGCGGCCAAUUUGCAUCGCCCACGCCAACGGGGGCGGGUUCUCAGAUAACACGUUCCAGCUGCUGCGCACGGCGGCGAUGCUCAAGUUCGACACAGUGGCGUCGGUCGGCUCGGAGCAGGUCCUCGCCAGCGAGGCGCUGCGGGUGGACCUCGGGGGCAGCGACAGGAUUGCUGUGGACGGCUCCCUUUGCUUUGGGCGCCACGGUCCUCUGAUGAGUUGGCGCGGCAUGCUGACGAUGCUGAACCUCGCCGUCCCCACCCAGAUUGCGACGUUCCAGGGGCUGGAGUUCUUCGUGCUGCGCGAGGUGAAGCGCGCGGCGGGGUCGGAGGGGGCGCCCAGCUUCAGAGUGAUCGGCCGGCAGUGGUCGCCCAUAUUCAUACGUGGCCCAUCCCGCCGGCCAAACUCCACUGCCCAGACGCACGAGGACAGGAACCGCUUCGACAUCCUGCCCUUCCAGCUCCGCGUGCGGCAGGGCGACUGCCUGGGCUGGCGCUGCCAGUUCCGCUGCGACCUCACCUACUCGGAUCGACUGGAGGCCAGGAGGUACGCCUUGACGGCCGAGGCCGACGUGCUCGGCGCCGGCUUCUACGCCAGGGAAGACGGCGGCUGA